GCGCAUCAGUGCGCAUGCUUUAAAAACAAAUGCACUCGGCAGUAACAACUAUUUGCUCCUCUUGACAAGGCUUGCUUCAGACCAUAGCGAAGCAAUGAGGAUUCUCCUAUCUUCCUUUCUUACCUACUAUGUUGUUUGCUUCAUACCAACGGAUGGUAACGCAGCCUCAUCGUUCAAACGCUGCUCAUCAAUGCCACUUGAAGAUGACAAUUGUGAAAGUCCUUUGGAUAAGUGGUAUUAUAACACAGAUGAACAAAAGUGCGUGAAUUUUAUGUACGGAGAUUGUCCACAGAAUAAUAACAUUUUUGCCAGCGAGGAGGAGUGUCAAGCCACUUGCAAGAACGUAGGAAAAGGACAUCAGGGGUCCAAAGGAGAUCGCAGACCGUCUAAUGCAUUGGGUGUUGGAGCCAAGCGCCCCGCACGAGGAGGCUCAAGUUCAGAAGGGAAUGAGGUUGAAAAAACUCCUGGUAAGUCGGGAGGCGUUAAACGGAAGCCACCGUAUGCAAAAGGUUCGAGCCAGACCGGUACAAAAAAGCAGCCACAUGCAGGUAUUAGAAGAUUGCAACGCCGAAAUGCUUUUCCAAACCACGGAAAGGAAAGUGCAAGGGAGAUAACACCGUUUGGUAUUAUAACGCGCCAUUUUAUAUAUGCAGCGUGAUUCCCCAAGGUUAUUGUGCAGGGAAUGCACAAUUUUUUGAAAGCUGCGAAGAAUGUGCUGAAACCUGCAACAAACUAUCCCUGAAGAGGUGCAACAUGAUCUCAAUCUGAAAUACGAGACAAAAAAGAGAGAAGCUGCAGUUUCAGUCCAAAAAAAAAAAAAACUUAAUUUGAAUCCGAAGUAAAAGACAACAAAAUAAACAAGGUCGUGGCAUUCAUAACUUGGCAAUAAACACCAUGUCUCGCUUUCCU